AUGCUGCAUCUUUUUCAUCGCAUAAGCUGCCUCUCGCUCUUCACGCUGAAGCUGUUCCUCUCACUCUUCACGCUGAAGCUGUGCCUCUCACUCUUCACGCUGAAGCUGUGCCUCUCACUCUUCACGCUGAAGCUGUGCCUCUCACUCUUCACGCUGAAGCUGUGCCUCUCACUCUUCACGCUGAAGCUGUUCCUCUCACUCUUCACGCUGAAGCUGUUCCUCUCACUCUUCACGCUGAAGCUGUGCCUCUCACUCUUCACGCUGAAGCUGUGCCUCUCACUCUUCACGCUGAAGCUGUGCCUCUCACUCUUCACGCUGAAGCUGUGCCUCUCACUCUUCACGCUGAAGCUGUGCCUCUCACUCUUCACGCUGACCGAGUGGCAUACCCAAAAUGGCCCACUAGAUACUCAGAUUAGUCGGCGAAGCUUCAGCGUCCAGGCAAGCUCGGCAUCUCAGCCAUUUAAAACAAAUAGAAGCACUGGCAGCAGCACAGGCAAGCAAGAAGACACAGACAGCGGCACAUGCAGGCAAGAAGACACAGACAGCGACACAUGCAGGCAAGAAGACACAGACAGUGACACAUGCAGGCAAGAAGAUACAGGCAGCGACUCAAGCAGGCAAGAAGAAACACAGGCAGCGAAACAAGCAGGCAAGAAGAGACACAGGCAGCGACUCAAGCAGGCAAGAAGAGACACAGGCAGCAACACAAGCAGGCAAGAAGAGACACAGGCAGCAACUCAAGCAGGCAAGAAGAGACACAGGCAGCAACUCAAGCAGGCAAGAAGAGACACAGGCAGCGACACAAGCAAGCAAGAAGAGACACAGGCAGCAACACAAGCAAGCAAGAAGAGACACAGGCAGCAACUCAAGCAGGCAAGAAGAGACACAGGCAGCAACUCAAGCAGGCAAGAAGAGACACAGGCAGCGACACAAGCAAGCAAGAAGAGACACAGGCAGCAACACAAGCAAGCAAGAAGAGACACAGGCAGCAACUCAAGCAGGCAAGAAGAGACACAGGCAGCAACUCAAGCAGGCAAGAAGAGACACAGGCAGCAACUCAAGCAGGCAAGAAGAGACACAGGCAGCGACACAAGCAGGCAAGAAGAGACACAGGCAGCGACUCAAGCAGGCAAGAAGAGACACAGGCAGCAACACAAGCAGUUUAAUGUUCCCAUGAAGACCACUCGAGACGCUGGCACCCAGGUAUAUUCUGGUGUAAAUGAUAUGCCAGAAUACGUCUAA